GCAAUACUGCUUUGAGAUGCUGAGAAGUAGGGAGUUUCUGCUUUUUUCCAAAAUUGCAUUUCCUUCCUUUUCAUUAGUUGUUGCUCAUAAAAGAUUUUUUGUGGAGAGUUUGUAAUGGUUAAGAGUGUCGCUGAAGAAGGAAGUGAAGAGAAAAUGGAGACAGAAGUGGACUCAACCCAGGCCCACUAUAACCCGCUGUUUGAAAUGUCACUGAGCAAGAAUGAGCUCCACAGGUUUGAGCCAGAUGAUCUAAAACCAGCAAAACCCAGAAGACGCUGGUAUAUUCUUCUACUGGUUUAUAUCAUCUUACAGAUAGCUGUAGAUGUCUUUCUCAUUUAUACAGUUUUCAAGUUGGGGUCUUCUCCCGCUAAUCCCACAUCCCAUGGGCUGAGAUUGGCUGGUGGCUCUCUGGGUGGAAGCAGCUUCCAAAUCCACAACAGCAGCCAAGAAACCCAGAACAUGAACCAUCAACUACAGACUCUGCAGAGUCAGAUAACAAGCUUGUGUGGUAAGGAGGGACUGCUGGACCAACUGAAGGCUGAUGUGAACCUGCUUAACACCAGCACCUACAACCUGCAGGACAAACUGUCAAUCAUCAGCCUCAGAACAGGACCUCCAGGUCUUCCUGGUACAAACGGGCAUCCUGGAAUUCCAGGUCGAAAGGGAGACCAAGGCCUGAAAGGGGACAGCGGGACUGCUGGACCUCAAGGACCACAUGGGGAUAAAGGUGCUAAAGGGGAUAAAGGAGAGCAAGGAGUUGGUCAAGUUGGUCCCAGAGGUCCACCAGGGGACCUAGGAGUAAAUAUAAAGGGAGAAAAGGGGGACCCUGGAAUUCCAGGUCCUCGUGGAGCAAAAGGUGACACUGGGAUACGUGGUUCAGCAGGAGACCCUGGACAGCGUGGUCUAACUGGGUCCAAAGGGGACAAAGGAGACACAGGGUCUACUGGUCUACAGGGACCCCCAGGGCCAAGAGGACCUGGAGGUGUGAAUGGAACUGUUGGUGCCCCGGGUCCUGAAGGUCCCAAAGGAGAAAAGGGUGGCAGUGAAAGACAGAUAACUGUGCGCCUCGUGCCUGGGAUGUACAGUGGACGAGUGGAGGUCCUGCACCAAGGUGUCUGGGGCACCAUUUGUGAUGACAACUUUGGUAGUAAUGAUGGAAUGGUUAUCUGUAAGAUGCUAGGCUUCCAGUCAGUCCUCACAACCUUCACUGCUCCUCCAGGUUCUGGUCAAAUCUGGUUGGAUGAACUGCAUUGCGCCGGAAAUGAAUCUGAUGUUUUUGACUGUCAACACGGUGAAACUGGAGUUCACAACUGCAGCCAUGAUGAGGAUGCUGGAGUACAGUGUUACUAGAAUUAGGAUAACAUUCAGUGAUUUUGUGCUAUUAGAAAACCCCAAUAAGACACCGCGGUACCUUUCUGAUUUACUCUAAUAUCGGGUUAAGAAGACCAAAAGCUAACGUUGCGCUAACAAUGCUAACAGUACAUUUUUAAAAGUGUCAGCUCUAAAAACAUCUCAAGAUACUUUUUCAGUUACUAACAACUCAUUAUUAAAGUGAAAUGUAUAUACC